AUGAGGCGGAGCUCUGUCACUGGCCUCGCCGAGGUUACUAGCACUCCUACUGGGUUGCAUGGCUUGAUACAAAAUAAGAAAUGCUUAGGAUUUGCCUUAUUUGCUUCUCUCGGUGGUGUCCUCUACGGUUACAACCAGGGUGUGUUCGGCCAAGUCCAAGUUAUGGCUGAUUUCGAACAUCGCUUUUCAGCUACGCCUGGUGUAUCGUCUUCAUGCUGGGAGUUGCCCUCCAGGGUCCACCGAGAGACUGACUUUUUUUCAGCCGGUCGUUGGUUUGCGGGUAUGGGUGUCGGGGGUCUUUCCGUCGUUGUGCCCAUGUUCAACGCUGAGCUCGCCCCGGCCUCGAUCAGAGGUACUCUUGUUGGUUUACAGCAAGUAGCAAUUUGUUUCGGCAUAAUGAUAUCAUAUUGGAUCGGUUACGGCACAAAUUAUGUCGGUGGAACUACCUACCCACAGCAAUCUAGUGCGGCUUGGAGAAUCCAACUCGCAAUCCAGCUUGUGCCUGCCAUUAUUCUUUGUAUUGGCUCGUGGUUUCUCCCGUACUCACCUCGAUGGCUUAUGCUGGUCGGCAAAGAAGAGGAAAGUCUUGUCGUUCUGGCGCGGCUUCGGAAUCAAGCCACAAGCUCUCCUGAAGUUCAGUAUGAAUACCGGUCACUCAAAGUUGAAGCCUAUGUAAAUCGUGAAACUUCUCGAAUGCGCUACGGAAAUGAAGAGAAGACUUGGCGUACUGAGUUGCUCGAAUAUAAACGGAUCUUUACAACAAAAGUACUGCUACAUCGGGUUGGCCUAGGCGCUGGCGUUCAAGCCUUUGGUCAAUGGUCAGGGAUUAAUGCAAUCAUUUACUAUGCUCCAACCGUGUUCGCUCAGGUUGGUCUUUCGGGCGGAAGCAUUGGAUUACUUGCUACUGGAGUAGUGGGUAUCCUGAUGUUCGUCUUUACGAUUCCCGGUACGCUUUUAGUAGAUAAAGUCGGUCGCAAACCAAUGCUUGCUUGGAGCUUGGUCAAUAUGGGCAUAGCCCACGCCAUUGUUGCCGCCCUUAUUGCUACUUAUGGGGGUAACUUCGCAGAGCACAAAAGCGCCGGCGACGCGGCCAUCUUCUUCAUUUACUGGAUUGUGGUCAACUAUGCCAUGCCUUACGGGCCAGUGGGCUGGAUCGUUACUGCGGAGUCGUCAUCACUUGAUAUACGCGCCAAAGGAGUCGCUAUUGGAUCUGCAGUGAACUGGAUUAUGAAUUUCGCUGUCGCACAAGUUACGCCUGUGAUGAUCGCAAACAUUGGCUACAAGACAUUCAUUGUUUUCUUGUGUUUCUGUGUUCUCGGCGUGGUCUGGGUUUAUUUUAUUUUGCCGGAACUAAAAGGUUUAUCGCUGGAAGAGAUUGAUGCCGUUUUCGCAGACGAGGUUAGCGCUGAGGAUCGACUUCGUCGCGAACGCAUAGCUGAUGAGCUUGGGCUUCAUAACAUGGCGAAUGUUGCUGCGGAUGGUGUGAUCGUAGAUGAUUGGAGAGGCUCGUCUUCAAAACAAGAUGUCGAGAUGGUGGAAAAAUAG